AUGAAUCUUACGCAGAAUCAAACCGAUCUCGAAUCGCCGGUAAACAGAUCCCAAUGCGUUUAUAUCCCCCAAGAAGAGUACAGCAGUCUCCUUGCAGCCGCGCAUCAGUAUAUGUAUCUACGUCAGAACCUCAUGCAGUAUGGGUUUGACGAUGCCACUUUGGACGUACUAUGUCAACCAACUCCGAAUCAAGAUGUCCAGUCUCACGCAAGCGAGCGUGGCAGUAAUUCUAUUCAAGCACUUAUCUAUCAGGACCAACCAAGUACCGCUUUCGGGGGUCCUAAGAAAAGCUGGGUUUCAAAGGGAAUAAGGAUUUCCACCGCGAUGCUAUGGCUUGGUCUUCUAACCAUGAAGGACAGUCGGUCUGAAACCAGCCGUUGGGUAGAGAGCUCCGCUCAGAGGUCAGUUCAGCUUCUGAAUUUGAUUCCUGGCGUUACCCAUGGCGACAUUGCUGCAAUUGUUCGUGGCGGACCUCUUCUGGAGAUCUUUCUCCGGGCCAGAGACAACACUGCCACAGUCUCGUUCGUACGGGAAAGCGAUGCAGUCGCCUUCUUCGACCAUACUCAGACUCAUGGUUUGUACUUCAAGGACCGCAAAAUACAUACCAAGUGGUCCAGCUACCAGUACGUUGUAAAAGGCCAAGUCGCCUAUCACGUAGUCAGAGGAGCCUCUCGAAAUUUUGUCAUUCGCAAGCGGGAUCCCAACACUACUACCCAGAGCCUUCGCGAUGACCUCGACCAUAUCCACAACCUUCAUGUCAUAGGUAUCGAAUUCGACAAGGAUAACUGUUUUGUCAACACCAGCUCGAUUAAUGCUGCUAUCUUUGCUCGAAAUUGUCUUCUCAGCCGCUCGGAGUACAAGAAUUCUCGCAUCGAAUGGGUCGCAGAUGAGUGCGCUCAACCUCUGGAGAGCUUGCCGUUCAGUGCCAAGCCUGCUCCUCCAGCUUCUCUUGUAAAAGAGCAGAACCACUCAGCAUCUGCUCUGCCGUCGCGCAGAAACCUCAGGGGUAACCGGUUCCAACUCCUCGAUCUAAGCGAUACCGACGGGAGUAAUGGCGAUGAUUCUUCAGAUGAUUACUGCCACAUACAAACGCCUGGAAGCGAAAACGAAGAGAAGAACAAUGUCAGCCGUAGAUAUCAGAACACCGGUGUCCCAGACAAGGCUCCGUCGCGAUGCUCCUCAGAUCCUAAUGAUAUCAAAUCGUACAAGUAA